UGAUUUAGAAUUUUAAGCAGGAUAAGUAAUUUUUGGUUUUUAUGUCAAUUUGUAUCAAGCAAGUUGCAUUAUUUUUAUUUGUUUCUUCGCAUUUUUGUGUUCGAUUUCAAAAAUUGUUUUUGUGUGUGACAAAUUUUUAACAUCAGUAUGGAUCUUUUCGGUUUCAAGUCCAGGAAAUAUUAUGUGUGCUUUAAUUUAAAAUUUUUGACUUUGAUCCUGGUCCUGAUCUCCUGUACCUGGGCCCAAGAAAAUAUUCCAAGUUUCAACUUCACCUGCAAUUCUACUGGCUUAUAUGUAAAAAUUGCAUUUUCUAAGCCAUUCAUUGGUAUUGCAUACGCUAAAGGACAUAGAUUUGAUCCUCUCUGCAGCAUGACCCAGUCUUCUGUCUUGGAUGGAUUUCUAACUUUACCUCUUACAGCCUGUGGUACUUAUGUCCAGGAAACUAAUCACCCUUGGAUUACGAAUACGAUUAUAAUUCAACAGAAUCCUUUGGUGUGGACCACCGACGAUCUUGAGAAAUCAGUAAUUUGUUCUCUUCCUCGGUCUUUUGAAAACUUCUUGAAUUCAUCUGUUUUGUUGGAUCAAAUAUACGAGUCCCAUUCUUUGCCUCCGACAUAUUCUUCAUCGGAUAUUGAGUUGGGGUUGGCUGUUUUCCCGGAGGAUAAUGAUAAAAUCUUUGACUAUACCUCUACUCAUCUGACUGUUUUUCAGUUGCUGAACAGAACAAUUUAUAAAGAUGUUGGAGUUAAAAGUUGUAUUGCCCAUGAUGAAGAAAUUCUAGAUGGAAAUGCUUCAAUUCACCAAAUAACUAAUCCUGAGGGAUGCUUUACUGAUAAUUCUGAGAAUUCGUCUAGUCUGAUGAUCCAUUAUACUGAGACUGGUAUAUGGGCUGAUAUAAAAAUCAAAACUCUUGAAAUGGAUUCUUCAGAUCAUAUAUACUUAGCCUGUGAAAUUUUUCUCUGUAGAACCAAGUGUAAUUGUUCUGAAAUCGACCAACAACUGACGGGAUAUCCAAUCUCAGUAAUCAGUCACAAGCUAACAAAGCGUUCAACUGGCCAAUCCUCCGAAAUAUUAUCUUUAAAGCAAUACCAGGCAAGAACUCGAUAUUUGAAAUCAACUGUCCAAGCAUUAAUGAAUAGCAUUAUAGAACAAAGAAAGCAAAAUGAUAAAAAAUCUAAACUUAGGAAGAGACUAAUGCGAUUGGAUGAUUCUUCUUCCCUAUCUGAAACCGAUAAUUCAGGAUCUCAUACUUUUAUUACAUCUACUGAAACAUUUUCUCCAGAACCUUUAUCUACUAUGUUUAAUAAUAUAGAACCUCAUUUAAUUGAUAUUUACGAUGACUCUGAUUCUGAACCUCAUUUAAUUGAUAUUCACGAUGACUCUGAUUCUGAACCUCAUUUAAUUGAUAUUCACGAUGACUCUGAUCCUGAACCUCAUUUAAUUGAUAUUCAUGAUGAUUCUGAUUCUGAUUCUGAACUUCAUAUGAUAGAUGAUUACGAUGACUCGGAUCCUGGUGAAUCGCAUCAUGACAGCAGGGAAGAACCAUCUGCCACUUCAGAGACCUUCACAGUUGAUUCCAACAUGGCUAUAGUAACAUUGUCAAAAGAGUUUAAAGAUAACGGCACAAAAAUUGCCCCUGAUGAGGAAUUGCAAGAAAAAGGUAUGACAAAUGUGAGUAAUAACGUGGUUUCGUCCGUAAAUGAUGGUGCGGAAAAUAUAAAGAUUACGACUACUGCUAUUUCUGUGUUUCCUCCCUUAGAAGGUGCCAAUGAUCAUCUUGGAAACUGCGUUCCACGAUUACGAUUCGUAAUCGUGAUUGUUGUGUUGGGAUUUUCUAUAGGAUGUUUACUAUUGGUCACUUGUGGAAUGGUUCUUUACAUACGUAAGGAGAAAAAAAGAAACAAAUUAAACGAUUUUUUACUGUACUCCAUUGGUUUUUAAGAUACGAGCCAUUUUUUAUUAAAAUCAUUAUAAUAACACCAUUUAAAUGAUGAAUAUUUUAAAGACGGAUAGGCUAAAUGUGCAGUUUUAAUAAAACAAUCUGUUCUG